AUGACUUCCGUGAUCCCACGGUCUUCGCACGCUUCAAUCGUUACUGGAUCAUCAACUUUAGACCAAUUUAAUCAAGAUAAUCGCAAUAGAUACUCAACAAGCAUAGGGACAUCAUAUGGCCAUAGCCGAGCCCAUUCCAGAGCCGUGUCACAAUCCAAUCCCUUUGAAGUGAUCUACUCAAGUCAUGAUCUAACUUUUGAGUCAACCGGUCAGCCAUACUUAACAGUGUCAAGACAACCGCCCGCGCCUGCACCCUCAAUUCCAAACUUGGGCCAACAUUCACCUUGGCAUAGCCGAUCCAAUUAUGAUCUUAUAACAGAGAAUAUUGUGACUAGUAAGAAACCAAUUAGUGAGAUUUUGAACAACAGUAGUAGCAGCAGCAACAGUCGCGCCAUCAAUAACAACAACAACAACAACAACAACAAUAAUAAUCACCCAGUGGUAACUGUUGUAGGGUCACCUGCAUUAAAUAGAUCCGGCUCAACUAUCUCACGACUGGCUACAUUGAGAAAUCGAAACAAGAUAAAGCAAAGAAACAAAACAAUCAAAAGGAAAGAUCUACUCAAGGAGAAGCUAGAAUCAAAACCAAGCACGGAUGGGAAACAAAAGCAUCGAACUGAAAAGACGUCAUGGUUUAGCUGGCCUAAAUUUUCAUUCCCUGUUUUACGGAAACGUUCCUUAAAGUAUCGGUCGGUCCACAAUGGUCAAACUCCCAAUUUCACCACUAGACAUGAGUUUAUGAAUUUUAUACAAAUGAGUAACUACAACCAAAUUGUUGGUUCUUCAUUACCUCAAAGAAUGAAAAUGUGGAACUAUACCCAGCCACUACACCCUCAUCCAUUACUACAUUGGCAUAUCGAAGAUUUUAGAGAAAAAGAGCCUGCUGUCAAACCUACCAUUACUCAUUCGCGUAAAGCCUCAGUAAGUGUUUUGGAUAUUUUGUAUCAAAAUUACAAAGCCAGGGCUUUUGAAGUGGCACAGAGAAGACACUACAAGAACCUAAGCGGGGUAGACUACAUGAAAGUACCCCCGCCUUUUCAAAAAUUGUACCCAGAAGAUGCUGCACUUUUAUCAAGGAGAGAAGUUCAUCAGAUCAAUACUAAAUUGUUGGUUGAAAUAUUGUUGCGAAGAACAGUGGCUGCGAAAAUGGAACAUAGAUUAAAGCAAAACGGUGCUGGUAUUGACAAAGUUGAACAGAGCUCCACACUGUCAUUCUCGUCCUUGUCUUCUGCGUCUCCGCCAUCGUCUAGCUCAAGUGGAAACUCGACAGGUAAACGUCACACAAAGGGUGGCGCGCAUUCCAAACGACGCUCGAACUCCCCGGGCUCAGGAACUCAUCAUAAUGACAAUUUGGUCUUGCAAAAUGAAGCCAUAUUCAAGGAAGCCAUUUCAAAGUCGAUUGAUCAUUCACCGAAAGAUGUGAAAGAAAGGGCGAUAUUCAAGUCAGAACCCAAGCCUAUCAUGUCAAGCAAUAAACUUGUAAAUCAGUUUACGCUAGAUCCAAAGACAAACAUUCUUGCCAAGUUUAUGAACGGUGGGACUCAGAAUCGAACUGGAGGCGAGCACAUUUAUCACUUGGUUCCCCAACAGAACAAAUCGCGCUCGACUUUGAGCUCCGACGAUAAGACAUUCGAUUCAUCUUCAUCAGGUGAUUACAACAACAACACUUUACCUAGAGAGAGAAGAUCUUAUUCAUUCGGAGACUCGUUUUCGACGCAGUCAAGGGACAAAGUACGGAAAUCAGAGAGUACUACAAACACGUCAAUCUUGCACUACUUGGAUCAUUUGUCUCUGGAGGUUGGCUCAGUUUUGGAAGAAUUAGAGCCGGAUAGGAACGGCAGCGGAAGCACAACGGUGAGGCUCAAAGAUUCAUUGCCAAAAGUGCCCUCGACAAUGAAGUUAGGAUCUCGACAUAUUGUACCAAAAAAUAUCGUUGAGCCGGCCAGUAUCAUCGAGAAAUUGAACGAGUAUGAUUUACUUGCAAAAUGA